AUGCCACCCCCGCCGCGCCGCUGCUCUCGGGCGUCUGCGGAGGAAGUGGCAGCGUCUUCGCCGCUUCCGACGCGCGCCUCGACUCGUCUCCUCUCGCAGAAGUCCUCUCCGUCUCCUCCCGUUUCGCCGCGUCGCUCAGCUGUCGCUUCGUCGCCUUCUUCCUCCUCUUCUUCUUCUUCUUCCGCCGCUUCUUCGUCUCUGCGGCGGAGUCCGCGGAAGAGGAAGGACGCGCCUUCUCCGCGGAAGCGGAAGGACGCGCCUUCUCCGCGGAAGCGGCAGGCCUCAGAGCCCGCGACCGCCUCGCACCGGCGGCGGCGGGAGUCUUCUGACGGCGGCGGAGGGAGCUCUUCGUCGUUUUCUGAGAACGAGGAGAUUUCUUCAGAGGAAGGGAGUUCCAGCGACAGUUUCGCGGAGGAGGCGUUUUCCUCAGAGGCAUCGUCUGUCAGCGACAGCGAGAGCGAAAGCGAGGACAGAAAGCAGAGAAGGAGGCGCGGGAAGUCUUCUUCAGCCUCGCGGCAGAAGAGUGCGAACCAGUCCUCUUCUUCGCGAUCUGGUAAGGCCGCAAAAACCUCGCGCGCGGCUUCGAAGAGAGCCGCGGAACCCGAGGAAGAAGAAGACGAUGGAUGGCUGGACUGCGAACGCUCUGCGGAGGACUUUGUGUGCGAAGUGCCGAUUCUCGCGGGAGAGAAGACGAGGAAAUUCUUUCGCAAGAUCGUCGUCACCGAGCGCCACAAGACAAACAAACUCGUCGACGGCAGAAAAACAGAAGUCAACCUCCUGCAGUACGUCGAGGUGGCCGUGGCAGACCUCGAGAGAGAGACAGGGAAACGCCCAGGAAGCAAACGCGGCGCGAACGCGGAAUUUCGAAACAGAACAGCGCAAGUGAUGGCGAUUUUUCAGGACUUCCCUGUGCACGAGAAGAGCCACAAGGGCGGGCGGCGGCGGAAGCAAGAGGCAGGGCAGAUCAUGGCGGAGUUGCGCUGGCUGUACGACCGCGAAGACAUUGAAAAUCACUGUUGGUGGAUGAGCGUCUCCGUCAGCGACGCGGACCUCCCGCAGGAGACGUGGGAAGUCGCCGACUCGGAUAAGUGCGAGAUUCUGCCUGCGGACCUGAUUGACGAGGUUGUGGUGGCGCACUACGACCGCGAGUCCUUCAGCGCCUUCUUCGAAGAGGAGGAGCGGAAGGAGAGAGAGAAAGAGAGACGCAGAAACGGGGUUGACGCAAAUGGAGAGGGCAGAAAAAAGACGCAGGAAGAAGAAGAGUCUUCAGACGACGAAGAAGAAGCUGUCGCCUCCGUCAUUCUCGUCACGCACUUCUUCUGCACAAAAACCAGCGCCAUUCUCCCCCUCUCCACCAUGGACCCCGACUCUUUCUUCCAGAAGCUUCAGCGAUGCAGCCGUUUCUACCUCCGCCACUACGAGGCGUCGAGUGCCGAGCGAGACGCGCUGCAAAAAAACAAGUUCCCUGGCGCUUUUGGGAAAGAAGGCAAAGACGGAAAAUGCGACGAGACGCUCCACCGGGAGCUUGUUCAGCGCGCAGUGCGACGCCUGCAGCUCGGCAACAUUCCAGACACGCUUCCGUGCCGAGGCAAGGAAUGCCAGCAUGUGCGACAGUUUAUUCGCAGCAGCAUCCUGCAGUCCGGCAACGGCGAAGUUCUGUACGUGAGUGGCCUGCCGGGCACAGGCAAAACGGCGACCGUUCAGUCGGUCCUCCGCGAGCUCCAGGAGGAGGUGGAAGAAGGCCUGCUGCCGCCGUUCGACAUCGCGGACGUGAACGCGAUGCGGCUGCCGCAUCCCGACUUCCUUUUCUCGGUCUUGCAUCGCCGCUUCUUCGGGACUAAGGCGCGCAGCACGCAGCAGGCCUUCGCAGCACUCGAUCGCUACUUCACCUCGGCUCGCGGGCGCUUGGAGGCGAAGGCAGACCGGCGCCGGGACUGCGACGCCCUGGAGGACGACUACUGGAGCUACUGCGACAGUCGCGGGCGACAGAAAGGCUCGCGCUCGCAGAGCGACUGGGCGAAGCGCAUCGUCCGCGGCGGUCAGGAGCGCCGGCCCUGCGUCUUGGUCGUGGACGAAGUGGACUGCCUGCUCACGCAAAAGCAGCGCGUGCUGUACACACUCUUUGACUGGCCCAUGCACCGGAACGCGCGGCUCAUCGUCGUCGGCAUCGCCAACACCGUCGACUUGCCUGACCGCAUCCUCUCUUCGCGCUGCGCCUCGCGCGUUGGCUUCGGGCGCCUCACCUUCAAUCCGUAUACCCGCGAGCAGAUCGAGGAAAUUCUUCUCGCUCGCCUGCAGGAAUGCAGACAUCUUUUUAACGAGGCGGCGAUAAAAGUCUGUGCGCGGAAAGUAGCGAAUUUCUUCGGGGAUCUCCGCCGCGCGCUGCAACCCGCGGACAUCGCUAAGGCCGCGAACGACCUCUUCGAUUCUCCGAUAAAGGACGCCAUCACUGCGCUCCCCUGGGGACUGAAACUACUCCUCUUCAGCCUUCUCCAGGCGCAGCGCGUGGAUGGCGGCGGCGUGCCUCUGCUUCAGCUGCACAAUCGCUUUCAAGGUCUCCUCGUCACAGGGUUCGGUUCGCGCGCGGAGGACGGAGAGGCGACGGCGAGUGAGUCUCCUGCGGAAAGCAGAGGAGAAGACUUCCGCCGCGCGCUCUCCGCCGGCAAAGGCAUCGAGUUCGACGAGCUGAAGAGAAUGAUUGACGUGCUGGUUCAACUCAACGUCGUACGCCUCGGGUUCUACCUGCCUCGCGUGGAGGCCGCUUCGGCCGCGCCCGCUGCCGACUUGGAAGAAGAUCCAGUCGGCGCAGGCGACGAGCGCCGCGGGGCUUCUUCGCGGUCUGCCUCACCGCAGAAGCUGCGAAAAACUGCGAAAAACGCCGCACUCGCGUCGGCGCUGGGCUUGCCGCAGGGCUUCGGGCCUCUGCGCGUCGACCCGCUCGUUGACGAACUCGGCGGAGACAUGCAGGUGGCGAUUGCUGUGCCGCUGGAGGAUGUCAGCAGCGCGUUUCUCGAGGAUCCGGAUUUCCGCCUGCUCUUGUAG